CGAACCACAACGUCGACCUCGUUGCUGCUUGUUUAUAUAGAUUCUACAUUGAAAGGGCGUGUCCAUUGCACGCCCAUGGAGCCAAUGGCGUUACAGAGGAGGGAAGGGGCGUUCCCUUUGCUCGGGAGCAGAAGUUGAAGAGCGCGAGCCGAGACAGAGCACUGGAAAGGCGGAUAGAGGGAGGGCAGAGGCAACGGCCCUCUUCUGGAGGGGGGGGGCUUAUUCUAACAAAUAUAUACACACAUGUGUGAACUGCUUGGCCGUACUAUAGGUCAUAUGUGGCUAACAGUUAAUUUAGAAAAGCAUACAAGAGCGGCUUUCCAUUUAAAAUGCCUAUUUUAGUUUUCCUGUUAGACACGUCCGCCUCUAUGAAUCAGCGCACUUAUUUGGGUACGACGUAUCUGGACAUUGCUAAAGGCGCGGUUGAGGUCUUUAUGAAGCUGCGUGCCCGAGACCCGGCUAGUAGAGGCGACAGGUACAUGCUAGUUACAUUCGAUGAGCCACCAUACGGAGUGAAGGCAGGCUGGAAGGAGAACCACGCCACCUUCAUGUGUGAGCUGAAGAACCUGCAAGCGUCCGGACUGACGACAUUAGGCCACGCUCUUCGCACAGCCUUUGACCUGCUUAACCUCAACCGCCUCGUCUCGGGCAUUGACAAUUAUGGACAGGGGCGUAACCCUUUCUUCCUUGAGCCAUCAGUGAUCAUCACAAUCACGGAUGGCAACAAACUAACGCACAGCUCGGGGGUCCCAGAUGAGCUGCACCUGCCUCUAAACUCCCCUCUGGCUGGCAGCGAGCUGACCAAAGAACCCUUCCGCUGGGACCAGAGGUUGUUUGCGCUGGUGCUUCGGCUCCCGGGAGCGGCCACGGCAGACAACGAACAGCUCGGUAGCGUCCCCACCGAUGAGUCUGCCAUCACCCAAAUGUGUGAAGUCACAGGAGGGCGCUCAUACUGCGUGAGAACUCAGAGAAUGCUCAACCAGUGUCUGGAGUCUCUAGUUCAAAAAGUUCAAAGUGGUGUCGUCAUUAAUUUUGAGAAAACGGGCCCAGAUCCUCCUCUUGUCGGGGAAGAAAACUCCGAGUCAAGUCGAUCCAUGUCAUCCUUCAACCCGCAGUUGUGGCACAGCUGCCACAAACUCAUCUACGUGCGGCCCAACCCAAAAACAGGGGUACCAGUCGGGCAUUGGCCCAUACCAGAGUCCUUCUGGCCGGACCAGAACUCUCCUACGCUGCCCCCUCGGACUGCCCAUCCGGUGGUACGAUUCUCCUGUGUGGACUGCGAGCCCAUGGUGAUAGACAAGCUUCCAUUCGACAAAUACGAACUGGAGCCUUCUCCUCUCACCCAGUACAUUCUGGAAAGGAAGUCUCCACACAUGUGCUGGCAGGUGUUUGUCAGCAGCAGCGGGAAGCAAAAUGACCUGGGACAGCCUUUUGGUUACCUGAAAGCCAGCACGACUCUCACGUGUGUCAACCUCUUUGUCAUGCCUUACAACUACCCCGUGCUCCUCCCACUCCUCGAUGACUUGUUCAAAGUGCACAAACUAAAACCAAACCUCAAGUGGCGACAAGCCUUUGAGAUGUACCUGAAGACCAUGCCUCCGUACUACCUCUUACCUUUAAAAAAGGCCCUGAGGAUGAUGGGGGCACCUAAUUUAAUCGGUGACAGCAUGGACUGUGGUCUGAGUUACAGCGUCAUCUCCUAUUUGAAGAAGCUCAGCCAGCAGGCAAAGAUAGAGUCUGAGCGAUUAAUAGUUUCUGUGGGGAAGAAGGCCCCCCAGGAAACCGGCAUAAGGGUGAAGAACCACUCCAGCUCGCUGUCACUGGCCCACCGGCGAGACUUCAAACAGCUUCUACAGGGAAUCACUGGAGAGGUUCCACUUCGCAUGGUGGACAUCAACGUCAAGGAGUUUGCAGGUUUCCAGAUCGCCCUCCUCAACAAGGAUGUGAAGCCUCAAGGUUAUCGAAAUGCAUACGACAUCCCAAGACGGAACCUUUUGGAUCAGCUCACUCGAAUGCGCUCCAACUUACUGAGGACGUCACAAAAACUAAUCAGAGGGCAAGAUGAAGAUUACCUGCACAGUAUCCCCGUGGCUCAGAUGGGAAACUACCAGGAGUACCUGAAGAUGAUGCCAUCUCCUCUGAGAGAGAUCGACCCGGAUCAACCUAAGCGUCUGCACACAUUUGGGAAUCCUUUCAAGCAGGAUAAGAAGGGAAUGAUGAUCGAUGAGGCCGAUGAGUUCGUCGUGGGCCCUCAAAACAAGAAAAGGGGAAACUCGGGCGAUUCCAAUGCCGGUGCCACUCUGAAGAGAAGGCGGAGCAUGUCACCGUUACUACGGCGACCCCAGACUCCACCUGUCAGUACCAACCACAUUCUUAUUGGAAAGAGUCCUGCUGCGGUUCAAGGGCAACAGAACCCCCCAAAGGUGAUACCAGCACAGCACAAAGGAACGGACGGCAAUGUGGCGGUCAUCGAGAGUAAUGGUGAUGGCGUUCCUGGGCUGGAAACAGGAGACAAAUGGCCCGGUGAGAUGGACUUGAUAGCAGGGUGCCAAUCAUCCCUCAACCUGGAGGCCAAGGCCACCCCGGGAGCAAUGGAUCGCGAGGAGGACACCAAAAUGAACGAGGAGAAAGCGCUAGUCGAAGAUGGUCAAGAGGAGCAGCCACUCGAGGAGAGAUACAACUGUGAAGGUUUGAGUCCACAGAGCCAGACAGAGAGCACGGACGCUGACCCCGCUGUGCUGGAGACCAUCUUCAUACCACCGUUAGACGGCACUCAAGCAGAGCUGAGGACGCGAGUCAUCAAGGAGGUCCGCAAACCUGGAAGAAACAUAGAGGCAAUACUGGGACUCCUGCAGCAGGUGAAAGGACCGGUAAACGUCCAGCGUUACUUCAUCCAACACGCCAUCAAAGAGGCCUCCAGGUUCAAGAAGCGGGUCCUGAUCCAGCAGUUAGAGCUCACCCUUGCCCAGUUGGACGAGAAGCACGGCGCACCGUCGCAACUUCACAAUGAUCCCGGCAGUUAGUUUCACCACGUCCAAGCUACGAAACGGGGGGACGUCGUUUGAGCUGUGUGCCAAGAAAAAAAGACAAAAGGUACUUCUACCACAGCGGUCCACGCGCUGUUACAUCACAUCCUGUUGGAGGCUUAUCUGCAGAACACAUCCAUUGGGGACGAGUAGAUGGACUUUAUACAUAAUCCUCUUCACACCGACAGAUGACAUUCACAAUCCGCACUCCGCCAGUCAGACAAUAAGCCAUAAAACAUCUUUAAACGGCAGCACAGAUCUUUCUUCAGCGGGUCUGGGAGGUGUUUGUAAAGGCUCAAACCGUAACUGCCAUGACUCGAGCACUGUCUUUUCACAAUAAGUGUCCAUAUUGUGGAAGCAAUAUACACGGUAGCUAGCGUCGUGGUCAGGAUUGUUGGCGCCCUUGAAUUUCAAGCACAUUUUAUGCUCAUGAGUUGCUCUUGACGUGCAAAUAGAAAAGACGUGAAGAAGUCAACCCAUAAAACCUGCAUGAUGGUGGUGUCAUUCAGGCUAUUUCCACAUCUGCUGCCACACUUUAUUUUAGCUCACUAUGGAACUGUCAGUGAGAUUUGGGUCAGGCUUGUUUAAACUUGUUAAAGGUCUUCAUAGUGGAACAACACCAGCACUACUACUACUGUACACCCCCAGAUAAGCUGCUAUCUUUAGGUGAUGCUUUCACUGUUCGUCAUGGGACAACCUCCACCAUUUCAUCCAAAAAACAAAGUAUUCAUUGUUUUAAUAGUUUCAUUUUAUUACAAACUAAGUCAACAGUGCGGCCAUGUUGUUUCCUUCAUGAUCACACUGCAGAUUUGAUCUUGUGAGAGAUACUUUCUAGGCCGUAGUUAUAAAUUAUUUAAUUACAGACAAUUAUUUUAGAUAUAUAAUAUUUAUGGGAGAUAUUCAUUCAUUUUCUACCGCUUAUCCUCAUGAGGGUCGCGGGGGUGCUGGAGCCUAUCCCAGCUGUCUUCGGGCCAGCCAAUCACAGGGCACAUAUAGACAAACAACUAUUCACACUCAUUCAUACCUAUGGACAAUUUGGAGUGGCUAAUUAACCUAGCAUGUUUUUGGAAUCGAACCCGGGUCUCCUAGCUGUGAGGCCUGCACGCUAACCACUUGAAUACCGUGCAGCCUAUAUAUAGGAGACAUGAAAAGCAAAAUACAAAUCUUUCGGUCACGUUGGAUUUUUUUUUAAUGUCAUGCAGCAGGACCUGCUCCUUGUAGAGGAGAGCAAUACAUCCAUUCAUGUUCGAAUCCCCCCCAAAACGCUUUGAAUAAAUUCAAAGGCACCAACCGUUCUGACAUGACUGUAAUAAAACAUUUCUUAAGAAUACCUUCAAAAUUCAUCUUUAGGUGAUUAGAAAAGGCGUGAUGUGAAUCCGAUAUAUCCCGAAUGUCACAGUUGUGUUGACAUGCUGCAAACAAAUCCCAUGCAAUGGUGGUAAUGUGUUGGUGACAGGAUGAGACACACACGGGUGGCCAUCUUUACAGCAAUAGAAGACUUUCUUACUGUGGUGCAGCUGCAAGUGUCCAUGGUCAACACAUUUUACACUUGGACUCUUUUAAGGGGAGUUUAAGCAGAUGUGCGGUCAUUUCCAGCAACUUGACCGUAACCAGAACCACUGAGCUGAGAAUCACGUCUCCCAGUUGAGUAAAAAAAAUCCCGAAAAGUAUGCCAAGGCACACACACACACACACACACACACACACACACAAUGUGUCCAUUGACUGGUAGUGUCACCGGUUGAUUGGAAGGAAUCUGCUGCAUUGACGCCUUUGUUUUCAUGACCAAUGUACACUACUGUUUCAUGUUCAUAAGGAAGACUGAUUAUUUUUCUCUAUUUGUUCAUUUCAGAGCAAGACAAAUAUUUUGAAAGUCAAUUUUGUAAACUUAGAAUUUUAUUGAAUUUUUGUAACAAAACAAAUAAACCACCUGUAAAAGGGUAAA